AUGCCUAAAAAGGGACUGAGAAACUUGUUGUUCUUCAAACACUCACCAUUACCCCCUUCCUCUACUCGCAGAGUCACCUUCUCCGAUUCAUUAAUGGAUGAAAACAUUGAAACCGCUCGCUCCCUCAUAACCAAAUGGGAUCCUAUUCCAACUUCCAACGGCAAAACCACCACUCUUUUCAGCAACACUCGAGAGGAAGCCAAACAGUACAUUAACGCCGUUAAGAGGCUGCAAUCCGCUAUGCAGUACCUCGUCGCACAGGAUUCCUCCUCCGAGAAGCUCUUGCAAGCACAGUUAUUAUUGCAAGUCGCCAUGAAGAGGCUCGAGUUGGAGUUCUAUCGGAUAUUAUCCGAAAACAGAGACCGAUUGGAACCUGAAUCUGUCUCCUCCCGCUCCUCCACCGAUCGCCGGAGCAGCGUCUCCGAUUACGACGAUGAAUUCUCCGACGACGAGUUCCGUCUCGCCGCCGGCAACAACUCUGUAUCAAUGGUUGCAAUGGCGGAUUUGAAAGCCAUUGCAGAGUGUGUGAUUUCAGCAGGAUAUAGCGAAGAGUGCGUCAAGAUUUACAUCAUCGUGAGAAAGUCGAUUGUUGAUGAGGCACUGUACCAUCUCAGAGUUGAGAGGCUCAGCUUCUCUCAGGUUCAGAAGAUGGACUCGGAGGUGCUUGAAUUGAAGAUUAAGAGCUGGUUGAAUGCUAUCAAGGUCGCCGUCGGAACUCUGUUUCACGGUGAGAGAGUUCUCUGCGAUCACGUUUUUGGUUCCGCGGAGAAUAAGAUCGCCGAGUCCUGUUUCGCCGAGAUUUGCAGAGAUGGCGCAACGUACCUGUUUGGAUUCCCGGAAAACGUGGCAAAGUGCAAGAAAACGCCAGAGAAAAUGUUCAGGACACUCGACAUGUACGAAGCGAUAUCUGACAAUUUGCAACAAAUUGAAUCCAUCUUCUCGUUUGAAUCAACGUCCACGAUCAGAUCGCAAGCCGUCAAUUCACAGGUGAGGCUCGGCGAGGCCGUUAGGGCGAUGCUAUCGGACUUCGAAUCGGCGAUUCAGAAGGAAUCCUCGAAGAUUCCAGUGCCAGGCGGUGGGGUCCACCCGCUCACGCGCUACGUCAUGAACUACAUCGCCUUCCUCGCCGAUUACAGCGGCGUUCUCGCCGGGUUAAUCGCCGAUUGGCCGCGAACUCCGUUGCCGGAGUCUUACUACCGCAGUCCGAAUCGCGAGGAAGAUAAAACGUCGUCUGAGAUAGCGGAACAGCUCGCGUGGCUGAUACUGGUGGUGCUCUGCAAGCUGGACGGCAAAGCUGGGCUUUACAACGACAUUGCACUCUCUUACCUGUUCCUCGCGAAUAACAUGCAAUACGUCGUCGUAAAGGUCCGAAAAUCGAACCUAGGGUUCCUUUUCGGCGAGGAUUGGUUUAUGAAGCACGAGUCCAAGGUGAAGGAGUAUGUCUCCAAGUACGAGCGCGUGGGGUGGAACAAGGUGCUGGAGUCGCUGCCGGGGAAUCCGACGGCUGAGAUGCCGGCGGAGCAAGUCAGGGCCAUAUUCGAGAGUUUCAACGCCGCAUUCGAUGAAGCGUGCAGGGCCCAGUCCUCGUGGGUCGUAUCCGACCCGAAAUUACGAGACAAAAUCAAAGUUUCGAUAGCUUCGAAGCUGGUGCCUAGGUACGUGGAAUUCUACGAGAAGUUUCGGGUCGGGUCGGAGUCGGUUAUAAGAUAUUCACCCGAUGAUUUGGGGAAUAAUCUUUCGGAGCUUUUGUAUGGGAUGGAACAAUCGGAUAGUGUUUCGUCGCAUUGUCGUUCUCCUAUUCAUCGUUUGAAACGCCCGUGA